CGCACUGAGCCCAAGCAGCCGGUGAUGGCGGCAGCUGCGGUGGUGGCUGCGGCGGGUCCGGGCCCAUGAGGCGACGACGGAGGCGGGACGGCUUUUACCCAGCGCCGGACUUCCGAGACAGGGAAGCUGAGGACAUGGCAGGAGUGUUUGACAUAGACCUGGACCAGCCAGAGGACGCGGGCUCUGAGGAUGAGCUGGAGGAGGGGGGUCAGUUAAAUGAAAGCAUGGACCAUGGGGGAGUCGGACCAUAUGAACUUGGCAUGGAGCAUUGUGAGAAAUUUGAAAUCUCAGAAACUAGUGUGAACAGAGGGCCAGAAAAAAUCAGACCAGAAUGUUUUGAGCUACUUCGAGUACUUGGUAAAGGGGGCUAUGGAAAGGUUUUUCAAGUACGAAAAGUAACAGGAGCAAAUACUGGGAAAAUAUUUGCCAUGAAGGUGCUUAAAAAGGCAAUGAUAGUAAGAAAUGCUAAAGAUACAGCUCAUACAAAAGCAGAACGGAAUAUUCUGGAGGAAGUAAAGCAUCCCUUCAUUGUGGAUUUAAUUUAUGCCUUUCAGACUGGUGGAAAACUCUACCUCAUCCUUGAGUAUCUCAGCGGAGGAGAAUUAUUUAUGCAGUUAGAAAGAGAAGGAAUAUUUAUGGAAGACACAGCCUGCUUUUACUUGGCAGAAAUCUCCAUGGCUUUGGGGCAUUUACAUCAAAAGGGGAUCAUCUACAGAGACCUGAAGCCGGAGAAUAUCAUGCUUAAUCACCAAGGUCAUGUGAAACUAACAGAUUUUGGACUAUGCAAAGAAUCUAUUCAUGAUGGAACAGUCACACACACAUUUUGUGGAACAAUAGAAUACAUGGCCCCUGAAAUCUUGAUGAGAAGUGGCCACAAUCGUGCUGUGGAUUGGUGGAGUCUGGGAGCAUUAAUGUAUGACAUGCUGACUGGAGCACCCCCGUUCACUGGGGAGAAUAGAAAGAAAACAAUUGACAAAAUCCUCAAAUGUAAACUCAAUUUGCCUCCCUACCUCACACAAGAAGCCAGAGAUCUGCUUAAAAAGCUGCUGAAAAGAAAUGCUGCUUCUCGUCUUGGAGCUGGUCCUGGGGACGCUGGAGAAGUUCAAGCUCAUCCAUUCUUCAGGCAUAUUAACUGGGAAGAACUGCUGGCUCGGAAGGUAGAGCCCCCCUUUAAACCCCUGUUGCAAUCUGAAGAGGAUGUGAGUCAGUUUGAUUCAAAGUUUACACGUCAGACACCUGUUGACAGCCCAGAUGACUCAACUCUCAGUGAAAGUGCCAACCAGGUCUUUCUGGGUUUUACAUAUGUGGCUCCAUCUGUACUUGAAAGCGUGAAAGAAAAGUUUUCCUUUGAACCAAAAAUCCGGUCACCUCGAAGAUUUAUUGGCAGCCCACGGACACCUGUCAGCCCUGUCAAAUUUUCUCCUGGGGAUUUCUGGGGAAGAGGUGCUUCAGCCAGCACGGCACAUCCUCAGGCGCCUGUGGAGUACCCAAUGGAGACAAGUGGGACAGAGCAGAUGGAUGUGACGACGAGCGGGGAGGCUUCAGCUCCACUUCCAAUACGACAGCCGAACUCCGGGCCGUACAAACAACAAGCUUUUCCCAUGAUCUCCAAACGACCGGAACACCUACGUAUGAAUCUAUGACAGAGCAACGCUUUUAAUGAAUUUAAGGCAAAAAAGCUGGGGAGGGGAUGUGUGAGCAUCCCGCAGGGUGAAACAAGAAGACUCAAAAUGACAGUCUCGAAGAGUCAGUGUCCUUACAUAGAACACAUUGGACAGAGGAAAAAUAAACAUGGAUUUUAAAAAAUCCAUCAAUGGUGCAAAAAAACUUAAGUGAAAAUAGUACUGCGGAACUCUUAGGCACAUCCAUUAAUUGAUUCCUAGCAACAUCGUCUCAACCUAUCAAGGAUUUCAUGUUGAUGGCUCGAAACUGACAGUAUUAAGGGUAGGGUGUUGCUUCUGAAUCACUGUUGAGUUCUGAUGGUGUCGAAGAAGGGUUAUCCUUUCAUGAGGCAAAGUAUGAGUUUGCCUGUAAUACUUGCAACUAAGGACAAAUUAGCAUGCAAGCUUGGUCAAACUUUCCAGCAACAUGGAAUCAAAGACGAAAGAAACUUAACAAUUGAUGUUUUACGUGCAAACAACCUGAAUCUUUUUUUAUAUAAAUAUAUAUUUUUCAAAUAGAUUUUUGAUUCAGCUCAUCAUGGAAAACAUCCCAAACUUUAAAAUGCGAAAUUAUGGGUGUGAAGAAAGCCAGACAACUUCUGUUUCUUCUCUUGGUGAAAUAAUAAAAAUGCAAAUGAAUCAUUGUUAACCACAGCUGUGGCUCGUUUGAGGGAUUGGGGUGGACUUGGGGUUUAUUUUCAGUAACCCAGCUGCAAUACCUGUCUGUAAUACUAGAAAAAAAAAACCUAUUUAAUCAUUUCUACUUGCAGUACUGUUAUGUGCUAAGCUUAACUGGAAGCCUUGGAAUGGGCAUAAGUUGUAUGUCCUACAUUUCAUCCUUAUCCUGGGCCUGCAUUGCACUGGAAAAAUAUCGCCACCUUAUACCAGUAUUUGGUUCAAGACGUCAAAUGUGUUCAGCCUAUGGCUGAAGAAGCACAGAAGAGAGGAUAAAAUGCAUAUCGAGGGCGGCAAACUGAGAGAGAGAGGAGGGAGGUCCAGGGGAAGAGGGUGUUGCCACGGUCCACCCUCUAUGUCUAAUCUCUUUACAGCAAAUUGGUAAGGUUUUAAGUUUUACUUCUUUUUACUGUUUUUGGUGUCUGCCUUCCUUACAUUUUUUCCUCGAUGGUUUCAAAAGGAAAAAAUGUAUUUUUUUUUCCUAUAUUGGGGCUACAUUUUUUGAUUGUAAAAGUAUUCGAUGGCCUUUUGAUGAAUGUCUUCCACAGUGAAUAAGAAAACUCAGUGGCUUAAUUUAGGAAACAUGUUAACAAGAAACUAUGUUUUUGAAAAUUGUAAUGAAGUCUACAUAAGUGACUUACAGGUACAAAGAAUAAAAAUAAAGGUAACUUUACCUUUCUUAAAUA